CGAAUCAAGGCGGGCACAUGUGUGCCUUUCCUUUCCAACAAUAAUACGGAAAAUAAAAAUAAACUCAAUUCGGAAGUCUCAGAACUCUCAGAACCAUAAUGGCCACCACAGUCAUAGCCGAGGCUGAGCAACAUGCCGCGCCAGAGACCAAAGAUUCCAGAAAGCGCAAGUCGCAAGUCGACGAGAUUGAGGUAGACUUGUCGCUACCGGAGCCGCCGUCAAAAAAAGCGAAGCGACUUCUCAAGAAAGGCAAACCGCUCCCCGAAAAGCCCAAGAGCGACGACGAAGCCGAGUCGGAAGAUGGGUUACCUAUACCAAAGGGUGCAUCCAAAGGCGGGAAGGGGGAUAAGAAAUCCGAGCGCUCUGAACACGGCAUAUGGAUAGGAAACUUGCCCUUUACCUUGACGAGAGUGGAAUUGUUCAAAUGGCUGGUGGAAAGUUCGGGCGGUAUGAUAAAAGAGGAGAACAUCACGAGAGUCAACAUGCCGACGAGUAAAUAUAACGGGGAUAGGAGAUACGGAAACAACGAGGAUACGCCAAAGACUCAAAACAAGGGCUUCGCAUACGUGGACUUCAACGUGGAAUCUGCAUCCGUCGCCGCUAUGGCUCUAACAGAGACCGAACUAAGCGGUCGAAAAGUCUUGAUUAAAAACUCCAACUCGUACGAGGGACGACCAAAGAAGGAAGCUGAGAAUGGAACUGCUGCUACCACCGGCGCUACUACAACAAAUGGCAGCCAGACAGCAGCAGAGAAAACCCCUACCAGCCGUAAAAUCUACGUCGGAAACCUCUCCUUCCAAACAACCGAAGAUGAUCUACGCGCACACUUCGACAAGUGCGGCGACAUCGAAUGGGUCAAGGUCGCAACAUUCGAGGACAGCGGGAAGUGUAAGGGGUUCGGAUGGGUCAAGUUCAAGGAGCCAGAAGCAGCGGGGUGGGCGGUAAAGGGAUUCAUCAAGAUCAAAGAAGAAAUCGAAACGGAGGAAGAUUUCCGGGAUGCGGAUGAAAAAGCUGACGGGGACGGAGAUGCGCAGCAGGAGGAGAAGAAGUUCAAGAUGCGCAAGUGGUGGGUCAAUCGUCUUCGAGGGCGCGAGCUGAAGAUCGAGUUGGCGGAGGAUGAUCAGGCGAGGUAUAAGAAGAGGUUUGGUAAGGAUCGGGAUCCUCAGGGGGCGGGGAAGAGGGAAGGCGGAAGAGAGAGGCCGCAAGGUGAGAAGAGGGAGAGGGAACAUAGACCGGCGCGGAGGACAGAUGGAGAUGCGAGUGCGGAUGGGAAGAAGAAGGAUGGGACUGCGUUUGGGGAGAAGAGCGAGAAGCCUGCGAAGCCUAAGUAUGGAGAUGCGGGCGUGGCGACGUAUCUUACCGGUGCUGUUGUUAAGCCCCAGGGUAAGAAGAUUACGUUUGAUUAGAUUGUCCGGAAUUGAUGGAUAUAUAUUCCGUCUUAUGUGCGGAUCCGUAAAGUGUGGUUUAAGUCUUCUAUGUGAUAGGUAGUAAUACUCGGAC